AUGUGGAUGACACUGUACCUCCUUUCCACCCGCCUCUCUGACCGCUUUGCCACUGCUCGUGACCAUUUCCUCACUGUUAACCCCAUGUCCCUCACUAUUGACCUCUUUGCGAAGAGGCUCACUUCUGUUGAGGACCUUGCCCACUCCCUUGCCGCUGCCUCUAGUACCGUCCUCCCCCCCAUCUUCGAGGGGUGUGCUCCUUCGUUCCUUGCCUCUUCUGUCGACUCGGCCUCUGUUGCCACUGCAUCCGAGGUUGCAGCUGUUGCCUUUGGCAACAAAGGGGGCAAGAAGAGCGGUAAGAAGGGAGGAGGUGGUGGCAGUGGUGGGGGUGGCGGAGGGGGCAGCGGUGGAGGUGGUGGAGGGGGCGGUGGUGGAGGUGGUGGAGGGGGCGGUGGUGGGGGGGGCGGCGGGAGUGUGGUGGCGGCGGCGGAGGGGGGUGGGAGUGGCAGUGGAGGAGGAGGUAGUGGGGCGUCCCAGCAGCAGCAGCCCCAGCAGCAGCAGCACCAGCAGCAGCAGCAGCAGCAGCCACAGCAGCAGCCGGCAGCAGCAGCUCCAAGGCCAGCGCCAGCAGACCCAGCAGCAAGCUCUUACUGA